GGAACCCAGUCAGUCUGAGUGCGCCAGAGUUGUUGAAGGUUUAUUACGCUGACGCGGUGUACUAACGAACGAAUUAGUUUAUUUCGAAUUAUUUGUGCGAAUUGGAAAAUAGCCUAGUGUAAAAUAGUCUACUUGUUUUUAAGGGAAAAAUCGAAGUUUCUUUGUAUUUUAGCGAAAUACAGUUGUUAUUAAACAAAUUAAAUAAAAAAAAGUGAUUUUAUAAAAGAAAACUUUCGUCUAAUAUUUGGAAAAGCGCAGAUCCGUAGAAGUGAACAUGUCGUACGGCGCUGAAAGGGCGCUUGCCUAUUUGUACCCGCUCAUUAUAGCCACCUCAGUCAUUUGCUGCAUCACCUCGGGCGUUGCAUGGGCACAUUGGCGCUAUGUGUUGAAUGCUUGUCCGGAAUCGAAUUGUGGCUGCAUCCUGCAUGGACGCUCCACGUACACCAGCUUCGAGGGUGGCCACAUAGCAUAUUGCCAUUACGCCACAUACGGACUGAUCUUUCCACUGUUAUUCGCCAUUGUGUUGGGCAUCUAUCAUGCGUAUAGGAUUUGUAUGGGCACAACUAAGCGGAAAACGGGCACCACCACCAUACGGCAUAGAACCGGUGAUAUGAUUGUCGUCACAGCGGAGUCAGAAUUGACACACAACGGUAUUUCCCCCUAUUACUGGACACCCGCUGCCGGUAUAUCUUCCGUUAUGGCCGUUUACACUUUAAUUUAUGCUGCGAUCUACAGCGAUGGCUUCCGCGUCACUUGCAAGCAGUACAGCGAAUCGUUGCUCAAAGAACUACAGGGCGCUGGCAAUAUUGUGCCGGUCAUAAAAGGACGCCUUUCAUGUGACGCCAUUUUCGAUUUCAUGGACUAUUUGGUGGAGAGCAUUUCAUAUGAGCGCCGCAAAUAUGGACGCAUCAACACUGGAGCUUGCCUCUACAUGACACUCAUAUGCAGUUGGUUAACGGUAAUCUUUUGGAUUAUUAUAACGGUGGUGAAUGUGGUACAGGCACGACGCACACAAUCGGCACGAGUUUAAGUAUCGGAAUAAAAGCAGUUUAUAUUCUGCUGAGUUAAGACAAAGUUUGCCAUUUAAACAUAAAAACGAAAACGUCCAUAAAAUAAAUUAAUAUGACAAUUGCAUUAUCUUCAUAAACAUAAGCGAACAUUAUUAGAGAUUCUAAUACAACUAAAAUAAAAUAAUACAUAUUUUUAAUAAAUAAGUUAUGCACCUAAAGCGACAACGACAAAUAGUAUUAAGCACAAAUUUUGAAAACAUUCCACAUUUUAUCAUAUUUAUUUAUAAUAAAUAAUAUGAGCACAAUAUAUGUA